GUGAGCUCUGUCUCUGCCGCUUCUAUGGCUCCCGUUCUCGGUUUCCUUUGGCUGCUGCUGCCGGUGAUAGUGGCCGGGCUGGGACAACCCCAGGACUCGGAGCUGACCUUCCUGCUGCCGGCCGGGAGACAGGAGUGCUUCUAUCAGACGGCGCUUUACAAUGGCAGCAUGGAGGUGGAGUACCAGGUGAUUGGUGGAGCCGGGCUGGACGUGGACUUCUCCAAUUCCUUCAGCACAAUCUCGGAGAAGUUGGUGUUCUUUGAGAUCAUAUUUGACAGUCAGCAGGGUGACGAGGAGCCGGACAGCUGGGCCGACAUGGUGGAACCGGACGAGCUUCUGGAUAUAAAGAUGGAGGACAGCAAAAUGAUCACUGAGUCCAUAGAGAGUAUGAGGGCCAGACUGGAGCGCAGCAUGCAGAUGCAGACAGUCCUGCGAGCCUUUGAAGCCAGAGACCGUAACUUGCAAGAUAGCAACCUCGGCAGAGUCAACUUUUGGUCGGCUGUCAAUCUGGCAGUGCUGGUGACGGUGGCCUUCCUCCAGGUCUACAUGCUGAAGAGCCUCUUUGACGACAGGCGUAAGAGUAGGACGUAGUAGGAGGAGGAUCUGACGUCUUGAGUUAAGUGCUUCAAAUCUGUACAGUCUUCCACCAGAACUAAGGAUGAGGAAUCGGC